AUGAAGGUCUCGACAGUCUCCCUUUCCGUCCUCCUCCUUGCUUCACACGGCUCCCCUCUGCGCAUCCGCAGCCCACCACCAGGCCAUGACGAGGGCAAAGAUAUAGCGUCGGGUCUCCCCAGAUCGCCUCCCGAGAAGCCCCGUCCGGUCGACGACGUUACCUUUUCGUGGUGCCUCGAUUACACCAGGCCGGAUACAUGUUUCUCGAGGGAAUUGAAGCACGGCUCGUGUUAUAACCUUGGGGUUCUGGAUCCCAAAAUGUCAGAGCUGGUGGAGGACGUGGGAGUAGAGGGCGGGGCUUGCAUGUUUUUUACCUAUCCCGACUGCAAAGACCACCACACGGCCGCCUUCACCGGCCAGCACCUUUGGACGUCGUGGCUCUGUCCGGGAACCAGCAAGAAGCGGAUCCAAUGGAACCACGAGGCUCGGUCGGUGCGCUGCUGUUCGGGCUCGCCAAGCACGCCGUGGUGCAGCAACUCGGUCAAGAAGCCGCACGAAUGCCGUUAG